CUUUCUCAAGCUUAUCCCUUGUUUUAUCUGAGCCUACUAGUUCUAAAAGUUAACUCCCAGGUUGUGAAGCUAAUAGCAUUUGUCGCUAUUUCCAUCCUCAGGCAGAGAAAGAUUACCAUUGCACGCACUAAUUCCUUUACUAAAGUCCUUCGUAUUGUAAGUACAGGUAUCUCGAACCUUAAACCACAUGUAAAGCUUUUUUUUUCACUGUAAACCAUUCAUCAGGCCCAUGGUAGAUGUCAGUCAGUCAUCUAUCGGUAUCAAUUACUACUGUAGAAGCAGUACAAGUUGUUAAAGUUGAACGACGAUCUUUUGGUGAUAAAAUCAAGACAUCUUUUGAUUUAAUAUUACUAAACUCGCAUAGUGCGCAACGUAAGAUCUGUUUUACCAAAGGCACUAGUAAGCUUCUUACGAACCAAGAUUCAUUGAUGCGAAUGGGCCUCCGUCCAUAACUCAAUUGGCUUACCAUGUAUUAAAAAACUUGUCUUUUGCCGAAGAGAGCAAAGGAAAUUAUUCA